AUGAUAAAAACUCAGGUUAUCCUCGUGGCGCUGGCCUUGGCCGCGAUCGUCCACACGUCGAGCGGCCAAUACGGAGGCUACAGCGGUGGCAGCGGUCUGGGCGGAGGUUACUCUCAGGGAGGCAAGUCCUACGCCGUCUUCCAUGGCCCAGUGGAGGGUCCCUUGACCGAAGUGCGCGGGUCGUCCAGCGAUGGCCAUGGCAAACAUCUCGAAUACGUCAACUACGCGGCGUACCCCAAGGCUGAGUUCUCGUACGGCGUAGAGGACCACCACACCGGCGACUUCAAGCAGCAGAAGGAGGUCCGCGAUGGGGACAGGGUGGAGGGCGAGUACUCCCUGAAGGAGCCUGACGGCAACAUUCGCACCGUCAAGUACGUUGCCGACAAGCACGGAGGCUUCCAGGCCGUCGUCAUCAACAGCAAGGGCCACUAACGAGAUUCCGCAGGCAGUUCAGUUAGAGUAGUCCAGUUCAUCUACGUCAUUCUUUAGUCUUUUUGUUUGGUUGUCUCAAUUGUUAUGUUUUGUUUUGUACGUUCUUUUUGAAUAAAUCUUUUCUAUC